GUUAAGAGUUGAAUCUAUACAUCCAUAAACUUAACGCAUCUGCGCCGCCUUUUCGUCUUCUUCCUCUGCAAAUUACGCGUUCUUUCUGAAAGACGCGAGUAGGCAGAACAGAAGAGAGAAAAACACUUCAGGCUAGUACUACACAGUUAAACUCACGCAUACAGAUUCAAGCAGUUACACCUAUAUAUAUAUAUAUAUAUAUACAAGAUUACGUCACUUCAUUCACACAGGCACAGACACGCACAAGUCACUAAAGCUUCCAAAGAUGAACGGCAACGACGAACGCGCUUCGGGCGACCGCAACGAGCCGCUGUCGGAUGAUCUGCAGUUGAACUACUCCUCUGUGGAGGUACGCGAGCGGAGUAGCCCGGUCGAGGGGACCAUCACGACGCCGACGAAAGGCGUGGACGGUGAUCUGGAGGAGUCGUCCACCGCGGACAGCAACGACGAGCCCCCGCGCCGCGCUAAGGGUGUGGCGGGCCUUUACGAGACGGUCACGUCCGUCAUCCCGCACGGCGGCCUCGUCGCCAACAUCUACAACCUGGCCAGCGCCACGCUGGGCGCCGGCAUCGUCUCCGUCCCGUCGGGUUUCCGCGACUCGGGUGUGGUGGUUGCAGUUGUGCUGCUCGUCGUUGUGUGCGCGUGCACCAUCUACUCGAUCUACCUGCUCGGUGCGACAAAGCUGAAGACGGGGCUGCGCUCCUAUGAGGAGAUGGCCCGCGGCCUGCUAGGCCGUGGCUGGGACUACUUCACGGCUUUCUUGAUGUUCAUGUUCUGCUGGGGUACGUGCGUCGGCUACGUCAUCUCCGUCGGAGACCUGCUGUCGCCCAUGCUGGACACCGAGAACACGAACGCCUUCCUCAAGACCGCCAACGGCCACCGUAUUCUGGUGGGUCUGAUCUGGCUCGUCGGCAUGUUCACCCUGUCGCUGCCGAAGGAAAUUAACUCGCUGCGCUAUGCCUCAGUGGUUGGCGUUUCCUUUGUCGUCUUCUUUGUCAUCUGCAUGAUCAUUCACUCCGCCCAGAACGGCUUGAAGCACGGCCUCCGCAGCGACAUUAUCCUCGCGAACAACAACAUGCCUGCCGUGAACGGUCUCUCGCUGUUCAUCUUCGCAUUUCUGUGCCAGGUGAACGUGUUUGAGGUGUUCGAUGAGAUGCGCAAGCCAACGCUGAAGAACAUCACCCGCGACGCAACGAUCAGCAUGAUCUUGGUGGCGUUGCUGAACUUCUUCUCCGGCGUAUUUGGCUACCUCGACUUUGGCGACGCAGUGGACGACUCCAUUCUGCUGCUGUACCGACCCCUCGAGGAUCCGCUGUUCAUGAUUUCGUACAUCGGCUUGUGCAUCAAGUUGUGCGUCGGCUUCGCCAUUUGCAUUCAGCCCUCCCGCGACGCCAUCUACUACUGCCUGCACAUGGGCAAGACAUCCGAUGUAAAGGACUGGGUCAACUGGAUGCUCAGCGGCUUCCUGGCUCUGACCGCCCUCCUCUGCGGUCUCUUCAUCCCCAGCAUCAACAUCGUCUUCUCGCUGCUCGGCGGCAUCUGCGGUGGCUUCAUCGCCUUCAUUUUCCCGGCAUUUUUCUUCAUCUACUCCGGCGGCUUCACGCUGAAGAAGGUGGGCAUCCUGCACUACAUCGGCUGCAUCGUUUUGAUUGUUGGUGGUGUCGUGGCUUUGGUCUUCGGCACCGCCGUUGCCAUCUACAGUAAGAUCCCGUAA